CGUUCCGAAUCAACCAACAAGUUCACCGCAAUGAUUUUGAAACUCGUUCUGGUUCUGCUAACAUUUGCAGUAUGCAAUCUUAGAGCUACCAGUGAUGAUCAGGAAAGCACAACAAUGUUGUAUGAUCCAAAUGUGAUCGAUGUAAACGAUACCGAACCAUUAUCCAGCAGUGUUGAACAGGACGAUACCCCGGGACGUGCCGGGAUCGAUUCUCUACUCUUCCUUGCGCACAACAAAAUCUAUUACUUGCGCAAUCAGAAAGUGCCAUAUUGGAGAGCUGUUCAGAAUUGUAUAGACGAAGGCAAAAGGAUCGCUUCAAUAGACAAUAGAGUGCAACAGAGUGAUUUGGUUAAUAUGUUACGAAACAGUCAUGAGAUAUACUGGGUAGCUGGAGUUGAUUUAGGACAUGAAGGAAGUUGGGUUUGGAUCAACAAACACGUGAAAAUUAUGGAACAGUUUUGGGCUGCUAAUCAACCAGAUAAUUUUUAUGGAGCUGAGCAUUGUUUGGCAAUCAAUGAAUUUGGAAGUGCAUUAUGGAACGAUCAGAACUGUGAUGUAACGUUAUACAAUUAUAUAUGUGAAAUUAAUGUAUAAUCUAAGCCAAUGAUGGGAUAGUAUUGAUAUUCUGUCAAAUUUUGACGCAUAUCGUACGAUUAGUUUUUGUUUGGCGUCUAUACAAAGAAUUUUAAAAAUUUUCGUGUGGCGAUUUUUAUAAUGAAUGAAAAUUUAGAACAACGUGCGUGCAUCAAAUUUUGUGUUGCAAAUGGAUUUAAGUGUUCCGAAACGUUGAAAACGUUAGAAAAGGCCUUUGGUGAUUCGUGUCUAGGAAAAACACAGGCAUACGAGUGGUAUAAACACUUCAAAGGUGGUCGUACAAGCUUGGAUCAUGAUGAGAUCCCUGGCCGCCCAACAACAUCUGUUACUGAAUAAAACAUUGAAUCGGCGAAGCAAAUCGUGUUGCAAAAUCGUUCUGUAGUGAUUAGAGAGAUUGCUGUGUUGUUAGGCAUCUCUUAUGGAUCAGUCGAACACAUUUUAACUGAUGUUUUGGGUUUGAAAUGGGUCGCUUCUCGGCUGGUGCCAAAAAAGCUGAAUUUCAUUCAAAAACAGCGUUGGUUGUGUCGCAGUUUUUAUCCAAAAACUCAACCAAUAUCAUCAACCAAGCACCGUACUCUCCAGAUGUGGCUCCGUGUGACUUUUUCCUCUUCCCCAGACUCAAAUUGCCAUUGCGGGGUCGCGUUUUGAGACCAUAGAGACCAUAAAAGAGAAUUCGCUGCGUGAACUAAAGGCUAUACCUUCGGCGGCCUAUAAAACUUGUAUGGAAAAUUGGAUCAAGCGUUGGCAUGUAUGUAUUGCCGCAGGAGGAGAGUACUUUGAAGGCGAUAAUAAAGAAAUUUAUUAAAAAUUGAAA